AUGGCAGGACAAGGGCAUGGAAACUACUACAAUGGUGGACAACACCGUGCGUAUCACCCAACUCCGUACUACUACCCGUACCCGUAUCAGCCGCCGCCAUACAUGCCCCAGGGAUACCCGUACGGUCCCUACCCUGUCAACCCACCAGUGACCAGACAAUUCAAUGCAGGUGUACAAGGACGUCAAGAUCCCCCAAGACGCCAGGACGAUUUUCGACAUGACAAGACUUGCCGUCCAUGUACCAGCAAGAACGAAGGCAAGGCUUUGAUUGAAGAACGGUACGGUGGGAUUGUCACUAUUGCAGGUAAAAGAAUGCAAUGCGUAAAACCUGAUGGCGCCCACACUCCUAAGUCUUCUGUAGAUCCUUAUCGCAAGACUUGGAAGUACGCUUGUGCAUGCAGACCACAGUGCAAAUGGAGAAUGCAAAUUCGACAGUUUGGAAGGAGCAAUCCAGAGAUACCCGAAGGAACAGCUGUCAACAGCGACAUUGUGUUUCUUGUGUUCGUCAAGAAGGACGUGAUGGGACACAGUCACGGCAUGGAUCCCCCAUUAUUGCAGUCAAGGGAGCAACACGGACUGCCAUCGGUAGUGCAACACAUUGUGGAUGACUAUAUUGCGAACCAAAUGAAGCAAGGCACGUGGAUUGGCCGAAUAACAGCAGGCAAGAUCAUGCCGUACUUAUUGGAUAAGUUGCGAAAAGACCCAUGCAACCAACCCUACAGGCAUUUAGCUGCAGGGAAAGACAAUGUGGACAACCUGACUGGCAAGAUGCGAAACUAUCUAAGUCGCAAGAAGGAUCUAUACAUUGCAGAGCAUUUCCCAGGAGAAGCCAAUAUCCCUAACAUGGAUAGUUUGUUUCGAUGUUUGGCAAAAUGGAACCUUGAUCUUCCUUCGAACUACCAACCAAGAAGCGACUAUUCUACGGAACACCCUGAACUGUGUGAUGAAGAAGACAAAUGGCACAGUGUUCUACAAGACGAUGCUUCAGUAGGAUCUGAUGGUACCAUCGAUCCUUACGAGUCCGUACUGAACUGCGCUUUCCAUGCCCUCCAACCAUUUGCCAAGAGGGACAGUUACGUGGGGCGAUUCAAGGACAAGAAGUUCGCGGCAGCACAAGACAAAGUGGACGACAUACACAAGUCUGCCUAUGCUCAAGUCAAGUACAUCAUGGACUCAAAGACAAAGGAACAGCACCUUGCAAUCAAGGAACUGGUCUUAGGCCACUGGUCCGAUGAGCGAGGAGAGUCUUCGGCUGCUGCUUUAUUUGACAAGUCUUACGGGCAAUCUCCCUUCUGGAACAUCAACUACAAUUGCACUGGUGAAGCUGGAGUUUACCCCACCAAUUGUCCUAGUGAGACGUUCAAUCGGCAUGCUGUUAAACACAGAGAAGCUGACAGAGCCAAGAACGUUUGCCUUUCCACCUUCCUGGUUCACUCUGCACCAAGCCUUUUGCAUGAUGGUGCGCUGUUGCGAUGUGACCCAUGCACUAUUGAAAUCCCACGUAAUUGCUCCUCCACUACUGUGUCGGUCACGAGCUUUAUGCAAGAGGGCAUUGAUAUUGUUCCUCGUGGUGUCGAUGGGUGGCUUUGUAAUCUGCGGCAUCGAAUCGGUGUACCCAUUACAGUGGACACGAUACUCAAGAUGAACCGGUCACUUUCAGGUGACACCACUUCCUUCACCGGUCCCCUGCUUAGUGGUGGGCUACCAAAGAAGAAGAAAGCAAGAUCCCUCUCCAAGAUGAGCGUCUCCUUGAAUGACUUCAUUCUUUCACUCAACCACUCGCAACUGUGCAAGACUGUCGACUACUUGGGACUUCGCAAGUUUGGAUCUGUAGUUCCAACAAAGCGUAUGUCGGUCCCACAAUUGCAAGAGAUACUUCUUCCCGUUUGCUUCAGAGAAGAAUGGAAGAAGGACUACACGUUGCGCAACGAUCACUUUCAGAACCGAAUGUCUUAG